UGAAUGGUUUGGAUAACGUGAUAACAAAAAUGAGCCAGAAGGACUACUUCGAACCAAUAAAAGAAGUAGUGACCAAUUUGAAAAAUGGAUUAUAGAGACGAUGUGGUGCUUAUGAAAAUUCACAAACACUGCUAAUGACUACUUUCUUGAACCCUCGUUUCAAGAAUCUAACAUUCUCUGAAUCGAAGUCAGCAGAGAAUGCAAAACAAUACGUAAAGAAUGCUCUGGCUCAGAGAAUGAACAGCAUGAUUAACAUGGCAACUGAAUGUGAGGCAACCCAGCAAGAGGAGAAAAAUGGUGAUGAAGAUGACGAGUUCAAAGUGUGGUCCACUUAUGAGAAGACAGUUUCAGAAACAAAGCCAAGAGGAACACCACUGUCAAGGGCCAUCGUAGAAAUACAAAGGUACCUUGAUGAAGAUGUACCAGAACGUAAAUGUAAACCUCUGGAGUGGUGGAAGAACAAUGCAGCAAUCUACCCACAUUUAUCUGAGAUCGCAAAAGAAAAACUUUGUACAUUAGCCACAUCUGUUCCAUGUGAACGUAUUUUUUCUAAGGCUGGGCUAACGAUCACAAAUAGGAGAAAUCGCCUGAGUGAGAACAAAGCGAAAAUAUUACUUUUUCUCAACUGCAAUUCCAAGUUAGUUAGGCCUAUCAAAUGAACUCUGGAACCAAUUUAUUCUCUCUCUCACUAUCAAACUAAUUUUUUUUUCAUUAAUAUUUUUUUUUCUCAAUUAAUAAGGAUAUAUUUUUGAAUUUUUUUACCAAGUCUAUAAUGGCAGAUGAUAUUGUUUUGAUUAUGUUUCAAAUGUUGAAAAAUUAACACAUUUAUUUUCUCACUAAUUUUGUAUUGUAUUAUUAAGCAAAUGAGAUUAAAAAUAUUUUAUUCUAUUCUAAUGAUUUUUCAUUUUAUUUAAUUGAAUGAGUGGGAGUAAGUUCUCAGUUUUGACUGACUGGAGGCAAAAGGAAUUGUCGAUUUGUCUGUGGCUCUUUAUGUUUGACAAUA